GUCCUGAUAUUCCCCAAUUGGGCCAUUUCCAUUUCGGAGCUUCCUCCUUCCUUCUCCUUCUUGUUCCCCUGUCUUUAUUCACAUCCUAAACCCUUCAAACACGAGUCAGGUACUCCUGGAAUUCAUAGUCUCUCCAACCCCGUAUACACUGUACCUGACUCCCCCCCCAAUUCAAAUGUAACCCCAUCCAAACUCUACCAACUCUUUAAGCCAAACCUAUAUAUACACACACCCAUCAGUAUCCAUCUAUUCAAUUCAUACACGCCCAUGAAAUUCACCUUGCUUUGAAAACCCCAGCUUCGGGAUUUCCAAGAUGGGCGGCGAGGCGGCCCACCAUUCCGACCACCAGGCCGUGCGUGAUGUCCUCUGCCACGCCGUCUCCGGCGCCUCCGCCGGUUCAAUGGCGGCUACGUUCGUCUGCCCUUUGGAUGUCAUCAAGACUAGAUUACAGGUCCACGGCAUGCCUACCGGUCAAAGAGGCUGUAUCAUAGUCACGAGCCUGCAGAACAUAUUAAAGACGGAGGGUAUUAGGGGGAUGUAUCGUGGUCUUUCGCCCACGAUUCUUGCGCUACUUCCGAAUUGGGCGGUGUAUUUCACAGUAUAUGAACAACUCAAAGGCCUACUCCCACAUGAGGAUGGCAGCGAACUGUCAAUUGGUGAAAAUAUGAUAGCUGCUGCUGGGGCUGGGGCUGCCACAGCCAUUUCAACAAAUCCACUGUGGGUAGUUAAGACAAGACUGCAAACACAAGGAAUGAGGCCUGGUGUGGUUCCAUACAAAAGCAUGAGAUCUGCUUUCUCAAGGAUAGCAACUGAGGAAGGGAUGCGAGGUUUAUACAGUGGGAUCAUACCUUCUUUGGCUGGGAUAAGUCAUGUUGCAAUUCAGUUUCCUGCUUAUGAAAAGAUAAAAUCAAUCAUGGCAAAAGAGGAUAAGACUACAGUUGAUAAGUUAAAGCCCGGGAGAGUUGCCAUUGCCUCUUCAAUAUCAAAAAUUCUCGCCUCUGUAAUAACUUACCCUCACGAGGUCAUACGUUCCAGGCUUCAAGAGCAAGGCCAGGCUAGACAUAUUCAACCGAAGUAUGCAGGGGUUAUUGAUUGUAUUAAGAAGGUGUUUCUAAAGGAAGGCCUUCCUGGUUUCUACAACGGUUGUGCUACAAAUUUAAUAAGAACAACACCUUCUGCAGUUAUUACAUUUACCAGUUACGAGAUGAUACAUAGGUUCUUGCGAAGAGUUGUAUUUUCAGAAAAGGCGCCAGACCGCCCCAAAUCAGAUGGUAAUGACAAACCGCAGCAAGGAGAUAGAUGCAAUGUGGGAGAUGAUACUUCUUUGCGGCAACUACAAACCCAAUCAAGUAAGGGGGGAUCGAUUCCUGUUGGAAACAAAGAGCAGCUAACAGCAAGACACUGAUCGACCAUUGUGCCUUUUUUGAACUCAGAUUUUGGUUGAAAGAAAUUUUUCUGUAAUAAUGAAAUUAUAAUACAGUAGAUAAAUGUAAUUACAUUUGACUUGAGAGGGAAUGAAAAAGAUGAUCUGCGGUCCGAGGAAAUGGCACAUCAUCUCAUUAGGCAUCCAUAUAGUUAAUUUGAGUUCUCUUUGAUGUGAAAGUACAGAAUUAUAGCAUUUAUUUGAUGAUCAAGAGUCUCACUUGAAGA